UUGCAAAUCAGACUUGGUUGAAUAGCAAUACAAAGCACAGAAAGACGGUGAUGCAUAAUCAAUAGAAAGCAAGCGCGCCCGUGCGUCUGUUCAUCUGGAUGGAAAAACCUGCACCGCUCUUUCACUGAACAUUACAAGCAGCCGCAUCUUCAAUGCCAGACUCAUUCUGCUUCGGUACCGGUGUGAAAGCCGGUGGUUUUCUCUGCGCUAUGGUCAUGGAACGGGUGUGUGAAAUGCAUCCAGCUUGAUGAUUUUGAUCGCCAGUGGACAGCUGUGAGGUCACGACAGCGCAAAGACCUUAGAAUGUAGGACUGCGUAAUUGUGCGUAGGUGCGUCGAACCGACACGUUUUAUUGUCUGAUCAAGAAUCGUGAGUGGGUCGUGAUGGUUUCUCACACGAGGGGAAAUCAUCCUCAUCCUCAUCCUCUUCAUCCUCACCAUCAUGUAACCAUCUAGUGGGCAGGUUAACUAACAGCUCUAUCGGGAUCUCCAGACCAAUGGAUCAGUGCGGACUGUACGAUGGAGUGUUUUUCUGUCCUCUCCGGUCCCAGCUGCUUUCUCUGAUCGGACAGGCUGCUCUAUUUGUCCCACAUGUCAAAUGAAGGCGUCUGAGAAACGGCGACAAUAUGGUCAUUUCUCCUCGGGUUGGCGUGAAGAAACGCACAACUGCGGCUUCACAUUGAAUAUUCAAGGAAAGCCAAGAAUCCCAGUAUCACAUGCAGAGCUAAUUCCCAGUGCUGUAGGGUUUAUUUCCCAUGGUGCUUUUGCUUGCGCAGGGACCUGUUCCUAAUGAAUAUAUUGCAUGUUUAAUCAUUUUCAGCUCUGUGAAUUAGGCCCGCUUGCGUUUAAAAAAAAAAAUAUUAUUAUUAAACUUGUGCUUUAGACGUUUGUUUAAUACGCUUCUAGCUUAUAUAAGGGGGUAUUUAUAUAAAAAAAAUCGUCGUAAAUGCUUCAGAAAAAAACGUUGUUUUUGUUUAUUCUUUUCCCUUUUAUUUGGAUGGAUUUGAAACAAACUAAGGUGCACAUGAUUGUUUGUUUUUUACAUCCGAUGUAAACACGUAAAUGCCGACAGAAAAGCGGCCUGUUUUAUGAACAGACCCGAUCCCGAACAGAUUCUAGUGGUUUUGUUCAAUAGAAGUGUGGCGGUGAAGCUUAAGACUCAUAUGCAGAAAUCAUGUCCAGGUCGAACAGCGUGAGUCCACCAGGCGUGGGAGCGCCGGUUCUGCGGGGAGGACACGAGCACAGAUCGGCCUGGGCUGAAGCCGAGGCCCUCUCUAACGGAUGUCCAUACUCGGCUCGAACAGAAAAGCUAACGCGCACCAGCAGCCGCUGGAGGAGGGAGGAGGAAGAAGAGGAGGAGGAGGAAGAAAAGAAACUCGCGGAGCGCCAGGCGGGACGCACGAGCUCCGUGGUGGCCCGGGUCAGUUUCAGGUCCAAGUCUGCGUGGCAAGACAGCGGCGGCAAGCAUGAGCGCUCAUCGCCGCGUCACGCCAAUGAAGAAGUGAGACCCAAAUCGGUGGAGCUGGGCUUGGACGAACGGACCAGGACCAAGUGCAGGGCAGAGGACGAGGCGCUUGCGCCCGACGUCGCCUUCUCUUGUGGCGCGUGCUGUCGCGGCGCCAUGCACGUCUUCAAAUCCAAGAAGUUCCAGUCUGAGAAGCUGGAGAGGCUUUACCAGAGAUACUUUUUCCGCCUGAACCAGAGCUCGCUGACUAUGCUUAUGGCCGUGCUGGUGCUCGUGUGCGCCGUCAUGCUCGGCUUCCACUGCGCCGCCGGGCAGUACCACCUCUCUUACGUGCUCGUGUUUUCGGUGUCCAUCACACUCGUGCUCGCGCUCAUGGUGGCGUGCAACCGCACCGGGUUCCACCAAGACCACAUGUGGGUGGUGUGCUAUGUAGUGAUCGCGGCUGUGCUGCUGGUGCAAGCGGUUGGCGUGGUGCUGGUGCAGCCACGCAGUGCUUCUGAAGGCGUGUGGUGGACCGUGUUCUUCAUCCACGUCGUGUACACGCUGCUGCCUGUGAGGAUGCGCGCUGCCGUCAUCACUGGACUCACACUCGCCACUAUUCACGUGCUGAGCUCCUGGAAACUCAACGAGUCAGACCCGUUUUUGUGGAAACAGCUUGUGGCCAACGUGCUGAUCUUCUCCUGCACCAAUAUAGUAGGUGUGUGUACACACUACCCAGCAGAAGGCUCACAGAGGCAGGCCUUCCAGGAGACAAGAGAAUGCAUUCAGGCCCGUCUGCACUCCCAGAGAGAAAAUCAGCAGCAGGAACGCCUCCUCCUCUCCGUGCUUCCCCGCCACGUUGCCAUGGAGAUGAAAGCCGACAUAAAUGCCAAGCAGGAGGAUAUGAUGUUUCACAAGAUCUACAUUCAGAAGCACGACAAUGUGAGUAUCCUCUUUGCUGACAUCGAGGGAUUCACCAGUCUGGCGUCUCAGUGCACGGCACAGGAACUGGUCAUGACCCUGAACGAGCUGUUUGCAAGAUUCGACAAACUAGCUGCAGAAAAUCACUGUCUGCGGAUUAAGAUCUUAGGCGAUUGCUACUAUUGCGUGUCAGGCUUGCCAGAAGCACGGGCCGACCACGCUCACUGCUGUGUGGAGAUGGGAAUGGACAUGAUUGAGGCCAUCUCAUUGGUGAGAGAAGUCACUGGCGUUAAUGUGAACAUGCGAGUGGGGAUCCAUAGCGGCCGAGUCCACUGCGGGGUCUUGGGUUUGAGAAAGUGGCAGUUUGAUGUCUGGUCUAAUGAUGUCACGCUGGCGAAUCAUAUGGAGGCAGGAGGAAAAGCAGGCCGCAUCCACAUAACUAAAGCUACUCUGAACUAUCUGAAUGGUGACUAUGAUGUGGAGCCUGGCUAUGGUGGAGAACGGAAUGUCUAUCUGAGGAAGCACAACAUUGAAACGUUCCUCAUAGUGGGAUGCAGCCAGAAGAGGAAAGAAGAAAAAGCCAUGAUUGCCAAGAUGAAUCGGCAGCGGACAAACAGCAUCACUCACAACAGCUCACACUGGUCUGAUCGGCCAUUUUAUAACCACCUGGGGGGCAACCAGGUUUCCAAAGAAAUGAAGAGAAUGGGAUUUGAAGAUCCCAAGGACAAACAUUUCAUUUUCAGAAAUACUCAGGAAAACCUGAACCCAGAAGACGAAGUGGACGAGUUUUUGGGUCGUGCCAUUGACGCUCGUAGCAUCGACCGUCUGCGUUCUGAACAUGUCAAGAAGUUCCUGCUGAACUUCCGUGAGCCUGAUCUGGAGAAGAAGUAUUCUAAGCAGGUGGAUUCCCGUUUCGGAGCAUACGUAGCCUGUGCCACUCUUGUCUUCUUGUUCAUCUGCUUCAUCCAGCUUGUAGUCGUUCCACCCUCCAACCUGAUGAUCGGAUUCUACGUGUCAUGUUCCAUCAUUCUCAUGGUCAUUCUGUUUGUUUCAGUCAUUUACUCCUGUUUUGGGAUUUUUCCAGUUCCUCUGCAGCAGCUGUCUAAAAAAAUCGUCCAGUCCAGACUAAACAGCACUCUGGUGGGCGUCAUUACCAUUGUUCUGGUCUUUCUCUCUGCCUUCAUAAACAUUUUCACAUGCAGCACCGAUGAUCUGAAGUUGUGUUUGAGCCAAGAGUUUAAUAUCAGCCGGAGCAGUGUGAACGCCUGCCAUGUCCGCAGCUCUGCCUUUAACUACUCGCUGUCAUCACAGAAGCACCUCUGUAACAGCUCCUUACCUGCCUGCAACUUCCCUGAGUAUUUCUCAUCAUGUGUACUGCUGAGCCUGCUAGCAUGUUCUGUCUUCUUGCAAGUGAGCAGCAUCGGGAAGCUCUUCCUCAUGCUCUUCAUUGAGAUUCUGUAUGUCCUUAUCAUGGAGGUGCCAGAGGUCAAUCUAUUUGACAAUGUGGACCUUCUGGUGAUGGCCAAUGCCAUUGAGAACGUCACUGGAACAAGCUGUGGGACAGACAGGGUUCCCCUGAAGAUUAUGACCCCAGUGGUCAUCACCGUUUUUGUACUGGCUCUCUAUUUACAUGCCCAGCAAGUGGAAUCCACUGCCAGACUGGACUUCCUGUGGAAGUUACAGGCCACAGAGGAAAAAGAAGAAAUGGAGGAGCUUCAGGCGUACAAUCGCCGUCUCCUACACAACAUCCUCCCUAAGGAUGUGGCAGCUCAUUUCCUCGCUCGGGAGCGGAGAAACGACGAGCUCUACUACCAGUCAUGCGAGUGUGUGGCCGUCAUGUUUGCCUCUAUCAGUAAUUUUUCAGAGUUCUAUGUUGAGCUGGAGGCCAAUAAUGAAGGCGUAGAGUGUCUGAGGCUUCUCAAUGAGAUCAUUGCUGACUUCGAUGAGAUCAUCAGCGAGGAUCAGUUUCGUCAGCUGGAGAAAAUCAAGACUAUCGGAAGCACGUACAUGGCAGCGUCCGGCCUGAACGACUCUACCUACGACAAGGUCGGCCGCUCACACAUCCGUGCUCUGGCUGACUAUGCCAUGCGUCUCAUGGACCAGAUGAAGUACAUCAAUGAGCACUCUUUCAAUAACUUCAAAAUGAAGAUUGGUCUUAACAUGGGUCCAGUAGUGGCUGGAGUAAUAGGGGCUCGUAAACCUCAGUAUGACAUCUGGGGAAACACAGUGAAUGUUGCCAGUCGUAUGGACAGCACGGGAGUUCCUGAAAGAAUACAGGUUACCAGUGACCUCUACCAGGUCCUCCAUUCCUAUAACUACUCACUGGAAUGUAGAGGAGUUGUCAAAGUCAAAGGCAAGGGAGAAAUGAUGACCUAUUUCCUGAAUGGUGGGCCAAGCAGCAGUUAACAUAAACCUGUGUCUUGCAGUCAUGACAUUAAAGACAUGAAGUGGCUUGAUUUCUUAAUGAAAAGCAAGGUGCUGAGCAUUGGGGUCUCUUUGCUCUGUCUAUAGUGACAGAGAAAUUGUUUAAAGAUGGCUCAUGGGGUAUUGUGACCUUUCAACAUAUUAAUAGAGGAAGUUCUCAAGAGUGAAGGUCAGGAUGUGGAGAAAGGAGUUGGAAAGUCUGUCUACAUCCACCAAAACAUCACUAAUAGAAGAGACCAAAGAAAAGCAAAGGAAUCUCAGAAAUUCAAGGCAGUUCACCUGUUCAGACUUUUCUCCUUGUGGGAGAGGGUGAGCGCUCCGAUGCUGACUAGAGGCCGUUUUCAAGCCAAAAAACUGUCUGUCGCUGAGUUUGGAAAAGUCGGCAGAUGUUUUAUGUGUAUAUGAUGCAUCUAUGAUCGUUGGGAAGCAAUCCAUGUUCUCACAGUCUCCUUAUCCUUUAAAUACUUUUGUGCUAAACAUACUGGUGCAGCAAACAACCUUCUUUUGUUUAGCACUGUGGUCGAUACCCAGAAGGAGAACUGACUGUGUUCUGUGUCUGGCUAUUUCAGUAGGACAUCAGACUGCUCACAUUCUGUGUUUAAACACACACACACACACAGACACACACACACACACACACACAGAUGUAGACAGAAAAGUGUUUUUCACUGAAGAAAAGACAUGACAACUUGCUGAACCGAAGACACUCUGGAGGAGAGAAAUAACUGUCAAACCUGCGUUUAUUUUGUAUCUUUGAGAUUUUGUAUUUUGUCUCAAAAAACCAAACCUUAUCAAAGCUAUUUUAGAUUCUAUAUUUUGUACAUUAAUAUAUUAGAGCGAUGUCUAUAAACAGAGGUGUGUAUUCAGAUGUGUAUAUAUAAAGAAAAUUGCAACAAUCAUGUAUAUUUUAAUGGAGAAAAUCUCAUUUUCUUUCACCUUUACUCUCCUUUUGCAUCAAAGCUAUUUCAGGUUCACAAAAAAUUAUAAAAAAAAAAAAAGAGAGACAGAGAAAGAGAGAAUAGUGUCUUUUAUCCUACAGUGUGUUUCACCGUAGAAAAAAAUUGCAGGAUUUUUCCACAGCCAACGUUGUCUAAGCUAAUAAACCAUUUAAGUUUAUGUAUUAAGUGGGGAUGUACUAGAUGCCCCACACCUCUAUGGCCGUUUUUUGCACUGUACGUCUGCCUUUCUUAGUAUCAUACACUGCUUUCCCCUCCCAGCUCAAUCAGAUGGUACGACCCAAUGAAUGUUCAGUUUCUCCAGUGAGGCCUUUGUACGUCCAGAACACUGAGUAACCACUAAGCAUCAGUGCCAUGCUCCUCAGGAGUGCUUUAGGCACAUCUUUCUUCACUUCAGCUGGAAGGGAUCUUCAGUGUGUUUUUGCCAACUACAUGCAGACAGUCGCUAAAUUAUCCCAUUUUCUUUAACAAAGAAAGUUACUAAAGAUGCUAGUUGAUGUCAGUCUUUAAGCAUUGUCUGUUACAGCAUGUGCAGUCGCAGGUUUUCGCAAGGAAGCAGCGUAUCGUGUACGGGAACAGAAUUUAGAUUUUCCUGUAGACAUUCGGUCACAACUUUACUACUGUGAGGGGUAUCAAAAUUUAUUUGCUCUUUGCAGGGGAAAAAUGCAGUGCCAUAUAUUUUAACGUCACUUUGUGAACACCCAAAAAAAGAGACGCUACAGUGAUGUCAACAUUGUAUGUUUUGGUAUUUUCUGUUUUAUUCGAAAUUGCAGUUGGAGGAGUUUUGGCUUCAGUUCAAUGCAGGUUCAGCACAAUUAACCCUCCUGUUAUGUUCAGUUUCCAGGUCAGAUUACCCUGAAUGACACAUUGACCAAUUUAUUUCUUUUUUAUUAAAUGUGUGAUUUUUAAUUUCAAUAUAUAUUAUAUUUUAAUUAUUUUUAUUGGGUCCACCAAGGAUUCCUUAGCCAUAAUAAUAUAAUUCAAAAAAAUAUUGUGAACAACAAUGAACAAAUGUCAGCUACCCUGCGAGUGUUUGGUAACAUGCCACUGUUCGUGGCUAUGUUAGUGUGCAUGUCUUUGCAGGAGAGACGGACAGACUCAGUAGAUUUGUCAGAGAGGGAGUGUGCCUCAUGAUCCUUUUUCCUCGCUUAUUUUCCCUCCUCCCUUAUUGUCACAUGUACGAAUAAUCUUUUCUUGCAUGGUCCUGUAGUUGCUGUAAAAUCUGCAUUUUCCAUUACUGUACUAUAAGAUUGUUGAGGUUGAAUUAGUGUGUGAGGAGUGAGCUGAGACGACGUGUGGUGGAGGCUAAAAUAAAUAAGGAAGGGAGAAUCUGAUUUUUAUUUUUUCCUAUGUCUAAGGCUUCCAUGUUUCCAUGCUUCCAUUUAUUUUGGAAUCUUAACCAGGUCAAUUUGACCAACAACAUAAUAGGAGGGUUAAACAUGCAUGACAAUUAUGAUGAAUUGUACGAUGUAUAACCACAUCUCUUCCUCUUAGAUGUCGAGGUUCUGAGGCUGUUUGUCUGUAUUUUGAGGACAGUGCUCCUUAUAAUAAUGGAUAUUGCUGGACUGCAGAAUUCAGAGCUAAUUUAUGGUUUGUUUUUCUUUAUCUGUGAUGUCAAACACUAUACCCAUUUUUUUUACAUUCAAAUAAAUCACUUCAAUGUUUAUAUAUUCUGGAAAUAAAUUAGGCCAUCAGUGUUUA